AGAGAGAGAUUAUAUCGAAACCCUGAGUAAUCGCAUUGUACCAUUACUCUCAUUUGAUUUUCGGUUCUGUUGAUUCUCGAGAGUCGAGAUGAAGUCUGGAGAAUUGUCCAUGCAUUCUUGACAAUUAUUCGCAGUCUCAUCACCUCAAAAGUGCAAUACACCCCCCGGGAAUCUGAGGUUAUAUUCCCAUUCCCAAAUUAAGACUUCUAAUCUCAAGCAGACCAUUGCGAAAGAUAAUAAUUCGUUGACAAGAGGAGAAUGGGGUCCGACCACACUCACCGAAGAUGGGCUCACCUUCGAAAGGUCCUGGAGCGGUCAGGGCCCUUCUGCCGGCCGGACUUUGAGCCCUCCCCAGACACCCUCCAGUUCCUCAUGGAAAACUGCAAAAUCCUAGUGAUUGGUGCUGGUGGUCUAGGCUGUGAACUCCUGAAGAACCUGGCCCUCAUGGGUUUCCGUCAGAUUCACGUCAUUGACAUGGACACAAUCGAGUUGUCUAACCUCAAUCGCCAGUUCCUCUUCAGACACAAGGACUUGGGUUCUUCCAAGGCUGAGGUCGCUGCCAGGUUCAUAAACUCGAGGAUUCCAGGCUGCCAGGUCAUCCCCCACUGCUGCAUGAUCCAGGACAAGGACGAGGAGUUCUAUCGUCAAUUUCACAUCGUCGUCUGCGGUUUGGACUCGAUAAUAGCUAGGAGAUGGAUAAAUGGAAUGCUGAUAUCACUGUUGAACUAUGAGGAUGGCGAGCUGGAUCAAUCCUCUGUGAUUCCCAUGGUGGAUGGGGGAACAGAGGGCUUCAAAGGAAAUGCCAGGGUCAUUCUCCCAGGGUUGACAGCCUGCAUCGAGUGCACACUUGACUUGUAUCCCCCACAAGUCACUUAUCCACUCUGCACCAUUGCCAACACCCCUAGACUCCCUGAGCAUUGCGUUGAGUAUGUUAAAGUCAUCCAGUGGCCCAAGGAGAACCCGUUCGAUGCUACUAUCGAUGGAGAUGACCCUCAGCAUAUCAAUUGGAUCUAUGAGAAGUCUCAGGAGAGAGCGACACAGUUUGGCAUCAGGGGACUGACUUACAGGCUCGUCCAGGGGGUUGUCAAGAAUAUUAUCCCUGCUGUGGCUUCAACAAAUGCUACCAUUGCUGCCACUUGCACUACCGAGGUUUUUAAACUGGCUACUAGCUGCAGUGCUUCUUUGAAUAAUUAUAUGGUACUGAACAACUUGGAUGGGAUUUACACGUACACAUACGAAGCCGAGAAAAAAACAGACUGCCUGGCGUGCAGUGAAGUCCCCCGAGAGAUACAAAUUCGCGACAGCAACGUAAAACUCAAAGAACUGAUCGAUCUAUUGUGUGAGCAACCCGAUCUCCAGAUGAAAAAUCCAGGAAUUGUCGUUAAUGUCGAGGGAAAGAACAGAACACUGUACAUGCAGACAGUCCGGAGCAUCGAGGAGAAGACUCGUCCCAACUUGACGAAAACUCUCCGAGAACUGGGACUGUCUGAUGGCAUUGAGAUCAACGUUGCUGAUGUCACGACACCCAACACAAUGACUCUGAAAUUAAAGUUGCAGAAUAAUGACGUGGAGAUGGCUGGAUAGAGGACAAUUAAUGUGUGAAUAAAAAAUGUGUACAUUUCUGUUCAUACUCCGAGUAAUUUCACUCAAGUCAUUAAGCCUAAUUUAAUUAUUCAACCAUAACUUGAAGGGAGGUUUUCCUAUUAUAAACAAAUAACACAUUGUUCACAUUGUAAAUAUGAUUUUUUUUCAUCUUUAUAUAUCAA